AUGGAGCAGCCGCAGGGGGAGCAGCCGCAGGGGGAGCAGCCGCAGGGGGAGCAGCCGCAGGGGGAGCAGCCGCAGGGGGGAGCAGCCGCAGGGGAGCAGCCACAGGGGGAGCAGCCGCAGAUGGAGCAGCCGCAGGGGGAGCAGCCGCAGGGGGAGCAGCCGCAGGGGGGAGCAGCCGCAGAUGGAGCAGCCGCAGGGGGAGCAGCCGCAGGGGGAGCAGCCGCAGGGGGAGCAGCCGCAGGGGGAGCAGCCGCAGGGGGGAGCAGCCGCAGGGGGAGCAGCCGCAGAUGGAGCAGCCGCAGGGGGAGCAGCCGCAGGGGGGAGCAGCCGCAGGGGGAGCAGCCGCAGGUGGAGCAGCCGCAGAUGGAGCAGCCACAGGUGCAGCAGCCACAGGUUGGAUUGUACUCUUUUCUCUGUUUAUAA